AUGGAGAGUACGGUGAUCACUAUGCUGCAACGAAGAGUAGAUAAAGCCAUCAUCGACGUUAUCUUCGAAAUGCAGCAUGCUGCUUAUUAUCUAUUUGAUGAAGGAGAAAAAAAUUGGAAAAAAGGUGAUAUCGAAGGCCCAUUGCUUCUCGUUAAGCGUAGUCAAGAGCCAUACUUCUACGUAACGAUCUUAAAUAAGCAAACCCUGUCGAAUUUCCAUCAACCGAUCUCUAUGGACGCACAGUUUGACAAAAAAAUGCCACAAUUGCUGUACAUCAAAGAUAGAAAUAAAGGAGUUUACGGUAUUUGGUCGCCUUCAGCAGAUCAGCUUGACAGUCUUUUAAUUAAGCUUGGAGAAAUACAGCAUAUUGAUUCACAGUCAAGGAUGCUAAAAAGCUUGCUUGAUAUUGGAGGAGAAAGUAAUCUUAUGGUAAAUUCAAGAUCACCUGAUUCCAUUUCAGAGCCAAAACAGCAAGAAUAUAGGGAAACUACUGUUAUCAAAGCCCCAGAAGAAAAUGUGAUGAAGCCUGAGUUUUUCCAAAAAGGUAUACAAUUUGAAGAUGAAGAAGUUUCAAAUUCAAGAAAGGAGAGAUUAAGGGAAGCUAUAAUUGCUUUGGCAAAUUCUGACGAAUUUUUAGAUUUGGUUAUGCAAGCGCUAAGAUCCAAAGGAUUUAACUAA